AAACUUACAUUCAUUAUUUGAGCAUUCUAGGGUUUAGCAUAAAGAAAUAAUAAGCAGAAAUACAACAUGUAAUGUUAUGUGUAAUAUUUUGCAUUCAUAAUAUUAAACUUUACGUAUACAUCUAAACCUUACGUAUACAUCCAAAGAAAAUCUUGGUUACUGUUUUUUUAUAUCCCACUUUACUGAUACAAUAAUGUGCUAGGUAUUUGUAAUGGUGAUUUUUAAAUUUUUAGACAUACUAACACAUAAAAAAUGACAGAGAUUUGUCAACCUGUUUAGUAUUAUUCAAAUAGUGUGAUGCUAAAUACAGUUAAGAGCAUUCAAUCUAUUGAGAGGUUCAAGUGUGAACCAACAAAUAAGAAACUUAAUCAAUAUGGGGCUUGGUAUAUAGGUCAAAUAAAUGGUACUCAAAGAAGUGGUUGGGGUAAAUUUAAAUGGUCCAAUGGUGGUACAUAUGAGGGAUAUUAUGUAGAAAACAAACGACAUGGUAAAGGAAAAUAUGUAUGGAAUGAUGAGACUGUAUAUAUUGGCAUGUUUGAAAAUGAUUUGCGACAUGGAUAUGGAGAAUUAACUUGGCUAAAUAAAGAGAGUUACCAUGGUGAAUUUUUUAAGGACAUGCGAGAGGGGUUCGGUAUCUAUAAAUGGCCUGAUGGUAGACGAUAUGAGGGAAAUUUUAAAAAUAAUGUCAAAUGUGGCUUUGGAAUAUUCACAAUGAACAAUGGUGAUACAUUUGAGGGUUUUUACAAAAAUGAUCAGCGUUAUGGACCAGGCAUAUUUACAAACAAAAAAACUAUGAAGCAAGAUGUUGGUAUUUGGCAAUCUUUGAUGAUUGUCAAGCUUUGCACUGCUGUACCUGAAGCAUUUAUGUAUGAACAUGUUACAGAGCAUCGCAUAAAUGCUGGCGAUAACAUUUCAGAGAAAAUUAAAUCCGCAAAUUUAAGAAGGUCAAUAUCAGGAGACACACAUUUUUUUACACAUACCAAGUUCGCUGAGUCAUCAAACAUGCCAAGUUCCUUUCCUCUCCACCAAAUAUUGAAAGGAGUCAGAGGUGUUCAUUCUAAACCGGGUUAUUUGGAGGAAUCAUCUCUCAUGUUACUUCAGGCAGCAUCAAUUGGUGAUGUAAGAACUACCCUGAGGAUUUUAGAAGAAGGUUUAGUCAGUGUUAAUGUAUGUGACAGCACUGGUCAUUCUUCAGUAUUAGCUGCUGCUGUGAACUGCCACGUUGAAAUUUUAAAUUGUUUACUGGACUAUGGAGCUAAUAUCAAUAUUUUAACUAAUGAAGGCCUUUCUGUUUUAUCAGCAUGCCAUGUUUUAUUGUACACAGAACUGAACUUUAUUCAAAAUAUUGCAGAGAACAUGGAUUACAAGGAUAAUUUGUUUAUUUCUACGGAACUUGAGAAAAAAACAGGAAUCGUUAUUAAUCGUAAUGACAAAAUGAUGAUUAUGGGAAAGUAUGAACAACUACACAAAGCAUUGGUACCUUCGAAGCGAAAAAAGAGUUUAACUCCUAAAAAAAUACGUCAGCAUAGUUUUUCAAAGUUCUCAACAAAAAGCUCUACAACGAAAAGUGAAUCCAUAUCUGAUGAAGGAGAUUUAGUAGAUUGUUCUUUUGAUCAAUGGAAACUAGAGUUUUAUCAACGGUCGUUAAAUCGGGUGAAAAAAGUGGAAGUUAUUAAUUGUACAUUUAAAGAAGUUAUGCUAAACCCACACUUGUUGUCACUUGGGAGUGAAAAACCUGAUAUUUUGCUGAAUGAUUGUGUUCUUAAAGAUGUAAACACUGGACCUAUCAAUAUUUUAGAGGAUCCACUUCCAACAACUAGAGCAAGUUUAUACAGAUGUUCAAACGAUUCUAAAUCUUUGGAAGGAUCGAUUUCUACAAACGAUAUGAAAACGAAUUUCAUUAAUAAUGAAAGAAAACCCCAUCUUGAAAAGACUGUUCAAUUAUUGUUAAAGCGGGGAGCCAAUCCAAAUGCAUCAUCUCUGCCACUACCUGUAAUAUUUUUUCCUGUCAAAUCUGCCAAUACAGCUGCAGUGCUGGCUUUGCUGGAACGAGGUGCUGAUACAGCAGCUAGAACAAAUCAAAAGAAGUUAUGUCCUUUGCACAUAGCAGUAGCUCUUCCUUGUCCUGAAGGUGUCGAGAUUGCUAAGCAUCUUUUAAGCUUUGGCGCUGAUCCCAAUCUUCAGGAUGAUUACUUUGGAAACAUCAAUGAUGGAGGACGAACUCCGUUACAUAUAGUUUGUUGCCGGGAAGAUAAUUAUAAGCAGUCGUUAAAAAUUGGAAAGUUGUUGUUGGAGCAUGGUGCAGAUCCAGAUUUGUUAUGUGCAGGAAACUCUGCUCUCUCACUUGCCAUCGCCAGUGGGAAUGACUUGCUUGUUGAUAUGCUGUUAAAUUACAAUGCCAAUCCAAGUUUAAAACUGACACAUGGCUUAGGUUCGAUUCUGAGUGUUGCAGUUUCAUUUCAAGCUGAACGACAUCGGACACCAAAUGAAAGAAUGAAAUUAGUAGAAAAACUUAUCAACGCAGGAGCUGACCUGUUAACACCUGUAAGAAUAUCAGACAAGUAUCCGCCAGGAACUGUUGUUGAUUAUGCUUACCAUGUGUUUUCACAGGAUCGCCGCAUUGCUUGUACUCCAUAUCAUGCUUUAUCUUCCCUUGAACGUGAAUGUUUCAAUGCUAGAAGAUCUCUUUUGACGUAUGUGGGAAAGCAUUUAAGAAACGCUGCUUUAAAAAAAGAGGAAACUGAACCAGUGGAAGAUCAAGAAGAUAUGUAUUCUGUGUGGUCACAGCGUGAUGAAAGAUUUUCUUCUAUCGCUUCUCCACAAGGCAGAGAUGAAUCUUGUGGGUUAAGAUUUGUGAUCGUGAAAACUGCUGGAAAGAAUAAUUUGAAGAAAAGGUUGAGAUACUGUCAUGAAUGCGGCCGCUCCAUAGGUGUUCGUUUAACUCCAUGUGCACGAUGUAGAGAAGUCUUCUACUGUUCUAAAAAUUGCAAGGCGAAAGCGUGGAACGCUAGACAUCGAGAAGAAUGCGCCAGAUUAAUAGGUCAAAAGACAAGUCCUGAGGCGAGAGCAGACUCGCCUACCCCGACUACAAAUGGUUGUAUUAUUGACGUUAAACACUUGCAAAGAACGGCUAGCAUAAAGACAGGGACAACGACGCCGAAUGGGUUUUUGCCUCGAUUAUAAUUGCUCGUCUUAAACUAUAGAUAUUUAAUAAUUUAUUUUUUUUAACAAAAUACAUGAAUUUGAAACAGCUAAUGUAAAUAUUAUUUAAAGCACUUAAAUUAUAUUUUUACUCUUACUUUUUUAUGGGGUUACGAAAUGCUUUUCUUGUGAGCCAGUAAAUUGAAAAAUCGUCUGUUUCAUUCUUUUUUAUUAAAAAAAGGUAGGAUUGAAAGUUAAAUUUUUAUAUUUUUUUACACUUGGGACAAGCUAGGUAAGUAGAAACAUAAAAAGAAAAAUAUCUCCGCUAGCCCGUGCUUCGCCUAAAUUGUACAAGCACUAAAUGUAAAAUGUAUUCAUGUGUUACUUAAAUGAUUAUAAAGUUUUUAUUCACAUGAUGGAAAUCCUUAUAUCUUCGAUUCCAGAUGUAUGGAGGAGAAUUGAGGUCAUUUAUAAAUAUUCAAACUUCUGGUAACUCGAACGCUGGGUAACGCAAACGCCCAGUAAUUUGAACGCCGGACAACUCCAUUAUCUCAAACUAUUUUUUUCUUCCUUUGAACUUUCGGUAAUAUUCAUCAGCUGGCUCUCAUCUCGAACCCCUCAAUUUUUUAUCAAGUUAAACUGUUUUCUCUCUGGCGAUAUUGUAUAGUUACCGGAAGGUUACGAGAUAUGCACACAAAUAUCUGGAGAAGUUGCAGUUACCGGAAGGCUACGAGAUAUACACACAUAUUUAUCUGCAGAAGUUAUAGUUACCGCAAGGUUGCGAGACGUACACACAUAUUUAUCUUCUGUUGUCUAAUAUUACGUGAGAUUUAUUUUGAAGAUCGCAAUUUUUUUUAAACCGGAUUUGUGUAUAUAUAUAUUUUCAUGACGCAAUUGAAUUUACAAUUAAAUAUUUGUCACAUAUUUACUUGAUUUUUUACUUAUCCGAAAAAUAAAAAUUAGCCCAAUAGAUAGAU